AUUUCACCCGGAGAAGAAGAAACACUGAGAGAAGCAGAAGUGGAAUCUGUGCGACCUGAAUAACAGUCCGUCAGCUGAGGGAAACAUUGAACAACAUUUACUGACACUAAACUUCCUAAAGCACAGACUGCGAAUAUAUCUUAGUGGAAGAUUCAUGUGAGGUGCGUUUGAUUUAUACGUGAGAAUGGCGCAGCAGGUGUGGUGCUUGUCGUUUCGGCAGCCCUACGCCGGCCUGGUUCUGGACGGGCUGAAGACGGUGGAGAGUCGCUGGCGGCCGGUUUUGGCGCCGCUGGAGAACCAGACUCUGGGGAUCCACAUCGCCCAGAGGGACUGGGAGGGGGGCGAGUGGAGACAGGCGCUGAGCGGACUGAUGAACCGGGGUCAGAUCCAAGAGCUGCUGGAGGGAGGAGAGAGGUUCGGCCGCGGGGUGGUGGCAGGUCUGGUGGAUGUGGGCGGGACCUGGCAGUGCCCCUCCUCCCUGCAGGGGGCGGAGCUACAGGAGCUGGAGCAGGCAGCACUUCUGAUUGGUCUGCAGCAGAAGCACCUGACCCGGCUGUCCAAUCCACGCUGGCUUAAGGCCCCACUGAGCACUCGGGGGGGUCGUGACCUCUGGACCGUGGAGAUCCCCCCCGAGCUGUUACCAUGACAACACCACAACGCUUCACUCCCAUUGGAGGAUUAACUACCUCCUGUUUUGUACCUAAGGAUGAUCUGUUUUUAAACAAAAUAAAGUUAUUUUCUGUCAUGAA